GUGAGGUGUGCGCUCACGAACGUGCCUGUUUCGAGUCGCCUCUCGCACAGCUACUCAGAACAGUCUAAAGUGAUUUUACCUGUUCACACCUACAGCUCGAUUUCUCUGCUUUUUUCCUGAGUUUCACACGCGUUUCGUCUUUCUCAUGUAUUUCUUCUUUUUCUGCUUGCUGCUUUAACGGAUAUUACGUGCACCUUUUUCUUUUCAAAUGUCCUGCGUUCACCAGGGCUUUCAACCUUCUUCUUUGCAUUAGUGUCUGACAUUUGGUGCACGAAGCAUUAGACAUACAGACAAGUGACAAAACAUGUCAGCUGCGAGCGAAUGUAAAGCUACGGCAACCGCGGAGGCGGAAGAGCUUCGUGAGCCGAGAAGCGUAUUCGAGGCUCUUCACAUUCUUCGCUCACGAAAUCCGUUUUACAUGGCCAUCACCAAUCCCACCAAAGAUAAAACUGAAGCACUGGACUUUACCAUUAAUAGUCUGCGAGUUCAUAUUGACCAAGGCGUGGACGAGGAGACCGGAGACGAGACCGCCGUCGCGCUUGCGGUGGCGCUGCUCUGGCACGACAAGAAGGUCUGCAUUGAGGAGGGCAUUCAGUUGAUGGAGUACUUACUGAGGGAGAGGUGGGCGGUACGCUGGUCGGCGGUGGUGGGCGAGGGUGGGGUUCCGCUCGGGAAGGUCGUGGAGAGUGGGCCGGACGAGGAGGACGACGGUGACGAAAACUGGGUGAACUUGGAAACGCAGGAGGCUAAGCCUGGCAGCUACGCCGCUGCGUGGACAGCGUCCAGCAGGCCCACAAACUCGACGCCCGGCUCUCACGAGGUCCUUCUUGGUACGGCCAUUCAAGGCGCCACCGCCCCACCACCGCCGGAGGAGGAAGACGGUUCAAUCCCGCCUUCACUGGUUCGGGACAGGGGUACGUUGCCAACAGCGGCCCAUCUCGCAUCUUCGUCCACGACGACAACGGCCACCACCACAACCACCACCUCCUCCUCCUACACAAGUCCUGGGGUUGGCAGUUCUGCCUGUGCCACUGCGGCCGCAACAUUGACGCGUGAUGAGCAACUGGCGCAGUGCUACUACCACCUCGCCGUUGGAUACACGAAACUGCGCAUGAACAAAAAAGCUCUCUUCUACGCGGAUCAUUUGCUGCGGCUGAGUCCGCUCAACAGGGACGGGCUGCUUCUCCGGCGUCUGCUCUGCGCUCGUAUUUAUGUAACUAGCACGCUGACCAAGUCUUUGCCGUUCCUUCUUCUCGGCCUUCUCUUCCUGUAG